AUGUCCAAACUGCAGAAUGCCCACUGCAGCAGCACAGAUUUGAGCAGCAGGGCAAACUCCCGACGCCAAAACCCAUCAGCUCCGCGGCGGCUUCGCGUUAGCGCGGCUGGAGUUCCCUUUGCGUCUCGCCCCGUGUACCGCCUCCCGCGUUUGACCCAGGCCCCGGUGAUGGAUGGUCCCUCCUGUGCGCGGGGGCCGGGCCAAUCGCUUUGCACUCUAUCAGCGGCGUAG